AUGAGUGAGAUGCUUUCCUCCAUGAGUAAGGAGUACCGAGAAAUCGCACAACAGUUGCAGAGAUCUCGACCGGAUUUGCGCUAUCCAGACCUCUACGUGGAGAUGUACGAAAUUGGAGAGAGCACAUUUGCGCAACACUCACUCAUGAGUGUGUCUGCACUAACCGCUCAAUCCACCACCGAUGCCACAAAUGUAACACACUUUCCGUCGGCUUCCACGUUGAUUCAGCAGCCUGUUGCUAUGCUUCCGUCAAUUUCACAUAGUGUUCCCUCCUCCUCCACAGCUCAUUGGUCGAUUGCGUCGAACAGCAUUAAACCCGAGGAUUCUGUGUGGUCCAUUCAAGAUCACUGGAAUGACACCACACCCUCCAUCUCGUCAGCCAGUCCCUACCAAAUCUCCAACUUUCUAGACUCCAACCGCCCGCCUACGCAACCAUAG